AUGGCUUCUACUGUAGUUAAUGCUCUGGUUGAAAAGCUGAAGGAACCAGCUUACCAAGAAUUUAUAUUCCAGUGGAGAAUCAAAGCUGAGACAGAAAAAAUCACAACUCGGCUAGAAAAUAUGAAAGGCUAUGUUGAGCAUUUGGGUUGGGGGAAACAGGAAACCAAGAUAGCAGAGAAUUGGGUGAAUCAGUUGAGGGAGACCUCACUUGAACUCGAGGACUUGGUUGAGGAGUUCAUGGUGGAUAUGAAGCUCCUUGAGCUCAAUACUCCACCCUGCAAUUUCUGUCAACCCAAGUCCCUCAUCGCCACUAUUCAGAGCUUUGCCAAGAGGGUGAUGAUCCAGUAUCGCUUCCAUCAGCAGCUAAAAGAGAUGGAUGAGAAGCUGCUUCUUCUAGAAGAAGAGAAGUCAAAGUACAAAAUAGAAGUUAAGACAAAUGAAGGAAGCAGCAGCAGCAGCAGCAAUGAGUUAGUAGGAAGUGGGAGUGGAUAUAUGGAGGGGAUAGAAGCAGUGGGGAUCGACAUGGAAGUCGACCGGAUAGCACAACUGAUUGAGAAGCGUAGUGGUCAAGUGAAGUUGAUCACGAUUUGGGGAACUGGAGGUUGUGGGAAAACUACUUUGGCCAAGCAAGUUCAUGAAAGUGUCAAGAUGGAUCGCACAAUUGAUUGUUGUUUGUGGGUUGAUGUGAAUCACUCCUCAGAUAUUGAACAUGUUCUGAGGACAACAAUCAAUGUGUUGUAUAGAAGUGUUGGAACCAAGCCUCCUGCAGAACUCGAGAAAGCAGAUAGAAAUUCUCUUCAACAACACAUUCUUGAUUACUUAGAAGGAAAGAGGUAUGUUGUAUUUUUUGAUGAUGUUUGGGAUCAUACUCUCUUGGCUAAAAUAAAACUUCCGGGCAAUCGUGCAUCUUCAAUUAUUGUCACUAGCCGUGACAAAAAUAUAGCCAAUGGGUCUUUUCUUGUGGCUGCACCUCAUUAUGUUGAGGUGAAGCCGUUAGAAUUUGAUUUGGCAUGCACCCUUUUCUGCAAAUUGGCUUUUUAUUGUGAUAAUGGUGGUAGCACUAGCAGCUGGCCUAAUGGGCUUGAAGAACCUGGAAAAGCAUUGGUUAAGAAAUGCUCAGGUUUACCCGUUGCAAUUCUUGCAAUGGCUCGGUUGAUGUCCACAAAAGGUGAUGAUCCAUCAAAAUGGAGGGAUGCUCUCAAAAGCCUUGACUACUACUCACACGAAUUUGAAUCUGAAGCAGGUGGCAGUCUAGCAUCUCUCAACAGAGCCUUGUUGUUGAGUUAUUAUGAACUGCCAACUCACCUCAAGUCAUGUUUCUUAUACUGUGCAAUGCUUCCCAAAUCAUAUGGCCGCAUUCGUGCCCAAAGGUUGAUCCGCAUAUGCAUUGCGGAGGGGUUUAUCAAUGAUGAUCCCCAUCCCCAUAGUGGCAGAACACUAGAGCACAUAGCAAGGGAUUACUUCCUUCAGCUCAAAAAUAGAAGCUUGCUUCAGAUCAUUCCCAAUGAGUAUAAUGGUAAAGAGUUGGGAAGAAUCGAAAUUCACGACCUUUACCGUGAUGUGGCGUGUGAGGUGAUUAGAAGGGAAAUGUUUACUGAAAUCAUCAAAUUGGAGGAAAGUAGCAAACUUGAGUGGAAGCAAAGGCGUAGUUUGAUCAUCGUGGAAGGGGAGCAAAAGGUUCAGCUUGACAAUUGCUACGAAAACAUGAAGAAGCUACGUACACUCAUCAUCAACAACUGUGAAGGGAUUGCUCUGAAUUCAUUCCCUCAAAUGUUCCAAAACAUGAAGUUGCUCAGAGUUUUGGUGUUGGAAUGGUUACCUGAGGGUAUGAAGGAGCUACCCAAUGAGGUUGGGGAUCUAAUUCAUCUUACCUACUUAGAUCUGUCCGGUUGUGAUAUGAUGAGACAUCUUCCUGAUUCGUUGGGAAGAUUGCACAAUCUACAGACAUUGGAUUUAAGAGGUACUCUUGUAAAUAGUUUGCCUAAAUGUGUGUCGGAGCUUAAGCAGCUGAGACAUCUCUUUGGAAGCUAUGGAAUACAAGUGGCAGAUAUAGUAUUCCAAUUUUCUCAGCUUCAAACAUUAUCUGGCAUACUGAUUAAUACCAUCCAAGCAAGAGAAUUAGUUAACAUCCCACAACUCACUAAGUUGAAUAUUAUUUUCAACGAAGGGGAGGAAUGCUGGAGAGCAAUUUGUGAUUCUGUCAAAAAAAUGACAAAUCUUCACUCUCUAUUUAUUGAUUGUGAAAGUGGUGAAUUACAAGAAUUUAUAAAUUUCUCGCCACCCCUUUCUCUCGGGAAGCUUCAACUCUUUGGGUUUGGGAAAUUGGUAAAUUUUAUUAGCACUCCUAAUUAUCUUCGCGUAAUUUUUAUACAUAUGUGUGAUGUAGAUGAGGAUUUCUUCUAUAGUUUGGAGAAACUGCCAAGCUUAUUGGAUCUCUACAUUAAGAAUUAUAGUGGAGACCAAUUAUUGUGUAGUGAAGGGAGCUUUCCAAAACUCAAGAAGUUAGCCAUAAAUUGCCCAGAGCUUACCAAGUGGGAAAUAGGAAAAGGAGCUAUGGCAUGUCUUGAGUUACUAUCUAUGCUGGACUGCAAAUGUCUAGAAAUGCUUCCAGAAGGCUUGAGAGAAGUUGAGCAUUUGAAAAAAUUGCAUCUAGUAGGCCUAUCUCAACAACUUGUUCAAAGGAUAAGUGUUGAAGGAUCAGAUCGAUGGAAGAUUGAACAUAUAUUAAGAGUUAUUAUUCAACACAAUAAUUAUGGUGAAAAGCCUACUCUAUUAAAAUAA